AUGGCUAUCGUCCUUUACGCGAAUCCAAUUUCACAGCCCAGUCGGGCUGUUAUGAUAUUCUUUCGACUCAAUAGCAUCCAGCAUGAAACAAGAGUGCUUAACCUGAUAAAGGGAGAGCAUAGAGCGCCCUCGUACAAAGAGGUCAACCCAUUUGGACUUAUUCCUGCAAUUACAGACGAUGGAUUCACUCUAUAUGAGAGCCAUGCCAUUAUGAAGUACGUUGCAGCAACUCGCACUUGCAACGAAGAUUGGUAUCCACAUAAUCUGCAGAAGAGGUCACGAGUUGACGCUCUCUUGGACUGGCACCACAACAACACUCGGAGACACACUGUUGGUAUUGUGUGGAAUGAAGUGAUAUGCAGCAUGUUUGGGCUCUCAUCGGAUACGCAUAUUGCUGCCGUUUCUCGCCAUGAGCUGCAAUCAUCUCUCUGUGCCAUGGAGCGAGUGAUGCUGGUUCAAGCAGACCCGUCCAAGCCUGGUUCACCUCAGUUCCUUGAUGCCAACAUCCAUCCCUCUAUUGCUGAUCUCAGCAUUGCAUGCGAGCUGAUGCAGCUCGAGGCAAGGAAGCUGUGCUAG